AUAUGUUGACAGAACAGAUCCCAUGUGCUUACAAAAGACAAGAAAACUAAAUUAAUUUGCAUUUCAUCUUUAUCUACCUACCACCUGCAGCCGGUGGGCAGUCCAGUAUUACUCUAUAAUAUAACCCAUCUGGUAAACUUUGGUGGCAGACAGUUGUAGGAGACUAGCAGGAGAAAUGGCACAAAACAGUAGAUGGUCUCUUGAGGGAAAGACAGCUCUUGUCACCGGUGGAACCAAAGGAAUCGGGUAUGCUAUUGUGGAGGAAUUGGCAGGGCUUGGGGCCGCCGUGCACACGUGCUCCCGGAAUGAAGCUGAUCUGAAUAAGUGCUUGCAAGAGUGGGAGGCGAAGGGCUUCCGAGUCACUGGUUCCGUCAGUGACCUUUUUUCUCGGCCGCAACGGGAGGAGCUUAUAAACAAAGUUUCGGGUCAAUUUCACGGCAAACUCGAUAUCCUUAUAAACAAUGUGGGAACCAACUUUAUGAAACCAACUGUUGAGUACUCAGCUGAAGAUUUCUCCUUCAUCCUGGGCACCAAUCUUGAAUCUGCUUACCACCUGUCCCAACUUGUACAUCCUCUUCUGAAAGAAUCAGGGGCAGGAAGCAUCAUUUUCAUUUCUUCUACUGCUGGAUCUGUGGCAACGGGAAGUGGCUCUAUUUAUGAAGCAAGUAAAGGAGCAAUAAACCAACUUACUAGAAGUUUGGCAUGUGAGUGGGCAAAGGACAAUAUUAGGACUAAUUGCGUCUCACCCUGGUGGAUCAGAACUCCCCUGCUUGAAUUUGUUUUUGCAAAUGAAUUUCUUGUGAAAACUUUAAUUUCACAAAGUCCUCUUGGACGGUGUGGUGAGCCGAAGGAGGUGUCAUCGAUGGUUGCAUUCCUCUGCCUACCGGCAUCCUCUUACAUAACCGGACAGACAAUUAGUGUUGAUGAUGGUAGAUGGUCUCUUGAGGGGAAGACAGCUCUUGUUACCGGUGGAACCAAAGGAAUCGGGCAUGCUAUUGUGGAGGAAUUAGCAGGGCUUGGGGCGACGGUGCAUACAUGCUCUCGAAAUGAAGCCGAUUUGAACAAGUGCUUGAGCGAGUGGGAGGCGAAGGGCUUUCGAGUCACUGGUUCAGUCUGUGACCUUGUAUCUCGGCCCCAACGGGAGGAGCUUAUAAACAAAGUUUCCGGUCAAUUUCACGACAAACUCGAUAUCCUUAUAAACAAUGUGGGAACCAACAAAAGGAAACCAACCAUUGAGACGACAGCCGAAGAUUUCUCAUUUGUCAUGGCUACCAACUUUGAUGCUGCUUAUCACCUUUGUCAACUCGCACAUCCUCUUCUGAAAGCAUCAGGAGCCGGAAGCAUCGUUUUCAUUUCUUCUGUUGGUGGAUUGCAGUCAAUAUUUUGUGGAUCUGUUUAUGAAGCAAGUAAAGGAGCCAUAAACCAACUUACUAGGAGUUUGGCGUGUGAGUGGGCACGAGACAAUAUCAGGGUCAAUUGCGCUGCACCUUGGGCGACAAGAACUCCUUUAAUCGAAGAUGAACUUAAAGGCGUACUUUUGGAUACUAUAAAUGCACGGACUCCUCUGGGACGACCUGGAGAGGCAGAGGAGAUGUCAUCCUUGGCGGCUUUUCUCUGUCUGCCUGCCGCUUCUUACAUAACAGGGCAGACAAUCGCUAUAGAUGGAGGGAUCACUGCGAAUGGAUUCUCAAUGUAAUGAUGACAAAUAACAACAUGUAAUAAAGCAAAGCUCAGAUGCAUUUCCAGUUCCA